CACGGAGAACCCAUUGCAGGAGGUGCGAGGAUUCCCACGGGCACAACAGACGCAGAACACACAUCGCUUCUCUUUCGCUCUUUCCAAAGUCAACCCCUAGGGCCUCGCGUCGUGACUCCCCUCUCUAAGUCGAUAUGGCGCAAACCAUUGGCCCCGAGGGCUUGUCUCCAGAGGUCUUGAGCCAACUGGCAACGGUUUUGUUGCAGCUGUCUAGCGCAGACAAUGCCGUUCGUACUGCCGCCGAAGCCCAGUUGAACCAGCAGCUCACCGCUCAAUGUGCCCUACUUUUGUCUGCUCUGGCCAACCUUACCAAGCAUCACCAGGACCAGCACCUCCGUUCGUUUGCGGCGGUCCUCUUGCGUCGCUUGGCUUUGAAAACUGCAGCCGGUGCUCCUGACGAUGCUUCGUACUAUGUUUGGAUCGGUGAGCCGACCAGGCAAUACAUCCAGACGGAGCUUCUAUCAGCGUUGCGCGAUGAGCAGGCUUCUAGCACUCGACGAAAGGUUGCGGACACCAUUGCGGAGCUGGGCAAGCACAUGCUUGCUAAAGGAAGUACCUGGAAUGAACUCCUACACGCCAUCUUCGAAUGUGGCAGAUCUCCCGCUGCCGACCACAGAGUGAGCGCUUUCCAGAUUGUCGCCCAGGUACCGGGCCUCAUCUCCGACACGGACAGCAAUGCGAUGAAAAGGUUCCUUGGAAGUGGACUGCAAGACGCCGCCACAGAGGUGAAAUUGGAGAGUUUGCACGCCAGCGUCGCAUAUCUUCUGGAACUGGAUGGCCCGCAGACAAACCCUUUCAGAGACUUUGUGCCAGAGAUCUUGAAUGUUUUACCGGCUCUGAGCGGCGAAGAACAAGACGUGGAAACUGCUCUUGGAUACUUGAUCGAGCUGGCGGACAUACAUCCGAAACUACUCCGCCCAUUGGUUCCGCAAAUAGUCCAAUACAGCACUGGCUUGAUGACAAAUGAUGGUCUCGAACUUUCGACCCGUCAAUCAGCUUUGGAGCUGCUCAUGACUCUGUCGGAGGCUGCGCCUGCAAUGAUGAGGAAGAACCCGCAGUUCUGUCAAACCCUGGUCCCCAUUCUCCUGGAUUGGAUGUCCCACUUGGAGGAGAACGAGAAGUGGUUUGAUUCUGAGGACGAGGAAGAUGAGGACGAUGAUGGAGAUGACAUUAUCGCGGGAGAAGCUUUGGAUCGUUUGGCCCGUGCUCUUGGGGGCAAAACUGUAUUGCCGGUCACUUUCACCCUGAUUCCUUCAAUGCUGGCCAAUGAGGAUUGGCGAAAGAGACACGCCGCUAUGAUGACAAUCUCCGCCAUCGCCGAAGGAUGCGCGAAGAUCAUGGAGGCUGAGCUGGCCACGGUUCUGCAGCUGCUCACACCUCACCUCCGCGACCCUCACGCACGAGUGCAGUGGGCAACCUGCAAUGCACUUGGACAAAUGAGCUCGGACUUUGCUCCAACCAUGCAAACCAAGUAUGCCGAUGUGGUUCUGACGAACUUGAUACCCAUUUUGGACUUCAAGGACUGCCCCAGAGUACAAGCUCACGCUGCGGCCGCGUUGGUGAACUUCUGCCAAGAAGUUGAGAAAGACGUUAUUGCCCCAUACUUGCAACCCAUCUUCGAAAAGUUGUUGAUUUUGUUGAACACUGGCAAGAUCUACGUCCAGGAGCAAGCCAUCACAUCUAUCGCAACCGUGGCUGACAGUGCGGGCGAUCAUUUUGUCAACUACUAUCCGGCGAUCAUGCCUCUACUUCUCAAUGUCUUGCGACAAGCUACCUCGAAAGAGUUCCGGCUUCUCCGCGGAAAAGCUAUCGAAUGUGCAUCUCUUAUCGCUUUGGCCGUCGGAAAGGAAGUCUUCGCAGCUGAUGCUGCUCAGUUCAUCGAGCUUCUGCGUAUCACACAGGAGUCUAUCACGGACGCGGAUGACCCUCAGAGCUCGUACCUCCUCGCGGCCUGGGCCCGUCUGUGCAAGGUCAUGGAAGCGGACUUUGUGCCUUAUCUCGACUUUGUCCUACCGCCACUCCUCAAGAGCGCACAACUGAAGCCCGAUUUCGCAUUGAUUGACGCCGAUGAGGACGAGGAGGCUCUGAGAGAAAAGUACGACGAAGACUGGGAGAUGCUCGUUGUCGAUGGCCAGCGCCUUUGCAUCCGCACCACGGUGUUGGAAGAGAAAUGCACAGCCGUGGAAAUGUUGAUCUGCUACGCCAGGGAACUCGGCGCUGGUUUCGCGCCCCAUGUCGAGAAGGUCAUGUCCAUAGUAGUGCCUCUCCUGAAGUUCUACUUCCAUGAAGGCGUCCGUCACGCUGCUGCGGGCGUCAUUCCCUUGCUGUUCACUUCGAUCAUCAAGGCACAAGUCUCUCCAGCGCACUUCAAUGUUCCAGCCGUCUGGAAUAUGGUGCUCACCAGUAUUAUCGAAUGCAUUCAAGACGAAGUUGACAGCUCCUUCCUUGCUCAGCUCUACACAACAACGCAGGAGACUUUGGAGAUUCUUGGCCCCAACAGUACUGGCGACGACCUCCGAUCCGCAUUCGUUGUGGCAACAACGGGUCAGUUGAAGGGGUACUUCGAAAGGACCUCUGAAAGGAAUGAAUACCGUCAAGAUGCCGAUCACGACGCUGAAGACGAGGAAGCCCUGCAGAACGAGGAAGAGACGGAUGAUGCCUUCCUGGCGGAGCUAGCGUCUGCUUUGCAGCAGUUUUUCAUACAGCAUCGGGAGGCGUUCCUCCCUCAGUUUGACCAAUUGGCACCCUAUGUGCACACCUUCCUGACAAGCAACCAGACCGCAAUGCGCCAAUGGGCCCUCCUCGUCUACGAUGAUGUGAUUGAGUACGCCAGCCCCGCAUCUGCACGGUAUCAAGCUCAAUUCUGGGAGCAACUCGCCAAAUGCGUGGUCGACCCCGCUCCGGAAAUCAGGCAAGCAGCCGCCUACGGUGUCGGUAUCGCCGCGCAAGUAGGAGGCCCGGCAUAUGUUCAGGGUGUUGCCGCUGCUAUUCCCAGCCUGUUUGCAGUCAUCAACGCGCCCGGUUCACGCGAUGAGGGCAAUGUCAUUCCCACAGAGAAUGCGAUUUCCGCUGUGGGCAAGAUUUGCCACCACAUGGGACAGUCUGGUGCUUUUGACGUCAACCAGGUUUUGAGCGCGUGGGUCGCUGCUCUGCCUAUCACGGAGGACACAGAUGAGGGACCUGCCACUUACUCGUACCUUCUGGAGCUGCUGCAACAAAAUCACCCCUCCAUCCUCGGCCCCAACAACGCUAACCUCCCCAAAGUCGGGCUCAUCCUUGCCGAAGCCCUUGCAGUAAACGACAUGCUGGGCGACAAGCCCGAACUCACCGUCAGCGUUGUCGGCACCCUCCGCCAGCUCAUGAGCAACUCUGACGCGUCCGUUCGCGAGCAAAUCUGGAACAAUCUCACACCGGAGAAGCGGAAAGUCCUGGUCAACAAGGGCUACGUAUGACGCCCAAAGAAGUGACGCGACACCACAUUUUACUCCCUGCCAUCUCAUAGCGACUCAUCCUCGAUCAACCACACCCUCAUCCCUUCUUCCCGUUCUCGGCCUUGUUCCUUGUAGCCUAUGUUGAUCUCAUCUAAUCGUCCGGUUUCGCUUACGCAUCGCCGUAUAUGUAGACUUGUCCGAUCGAACUGUUUUGUAUA